AUGCCUGUGAGUCUUAGCUGGGUGGUAACCUGUGUCUUCCUCACAGUUAGCCCUACUGAUGGAUUUAUUGAGAAAGGACUCAAACAGAGGAUGCUUGAAAAACUAGGGCUUCCUGAAGCCCCUUCCCUUCAAAGGAGAGACUUGGAGAAUCUGGUCAUUCCAGAGAAUAUCAGGAAUAAAUACAUGUCCAUGCUGAAGCGUCACCGAGUGAAGCGAAGAGCAUUGCCUAGUCUAGCUGGGAUCCUAAGAGGAAUUCCUGGUGAUGCAGAUAUUUUAGGAGAUGUCCUGUAUUCAGACACAACCCGUCAGAGUCUGAUGUUUGAUAUGGAGGGCAGGAUUCCAGAAAACAGUGAAGUGACAAUGGCUGAGCUGAAACUUUUCAAGAAGCCCCUGGAAAUGAAACAUCUGCCUAGCAGGCAAUCUCAGAAGCCAGUCACAAAUGCCCGGGUGAGCGUCUACUGGGUAGAGCUUGGAGACAAUGGUACCAACCGGACUUCUUUGAUUGAUUCCAGAUUAAUUCCAAUUAUGGAAUCUGGCUGGAGGAAUUUUGAUGUCACCCAGGCUGUGCAUUUUUGGCUUAAAGCAAAGAAGACUGGGCCAAUGCUUCUGGAGAUCUGGAUUGAAGGAGAAAGAAUAGGAAACUAUGCCUCUGAAAUGGCCAAAGUUGUCCGCUUCACUUCUCAAGAUCCCUCUGAUAAAGCACUGGGCAAACCUGAGUUGGUGCUUUAUACCCUGAACUUGGAAGAAUAUGGAGGACCUGGAGACUGUAAAGAAGGAACCUCAACAGACAAAACCACUUGCUGCCGGCAAGAACAUUAUAUCAAUUUCCGAGAGCUGACCUGGACUCAGUAUUGGAUUAUAGAGCCGGCUGGCUAUCAAGCCUACCACUGUGUGCGCAGCUGCCGGCAGCCCAAGAACUUGCGCCAUUUUGGCUAUGGAGAGAGAACCUGUGCUGUGGUGGAAAGUUCCCCACUUCCCAUGAUGUACCUUGUCAAGAAGGGAAACUACACAGAAAUUGAGGUGGCAGAAUUCCCUAACAUGAUUGUAGAAAAAUGUGGCUGCAUCAUGGACAAUAUAGCCGUUGUCUAGCUAGGUAUAUGCAGAGAUCCUUUAGUACUAACAGGGCUGAAGUGCAAGAAAUGGUCAGCUCCAGGGCAGUUUUUUCCUACUGAAAUAACCUGUGUAAACACUGCCAAGAUAUGCAGUGGUCCAGACCCUGAUGGUAGAUUGACUGUUUCUUCAUGAAUUUGGUUUCUAGUCUUCUGGUUAAAUUCAGAGCAUAGUUCUCUUCCUCUUUCAGCAAAGGAAUUUAGGCUGUAACUACAUGGUCAAAUAUUGCAAGAUUUGCUCCACUAUAAAAUGGAUUAAUUCAAAUUAUUAUUUACUGGUCACAUAACACAAAGGCUAAUUCAAAUUGAUUCAGCCCUUUUUGCUCCCAAUGCAGUCCUUUUCCUCUGUCUUUGUGGUCUUCUACUUUUUUCAAGCUAGAACAAUUUGA